AUGAGAAGGCAAAGAGCAGCAGCUGCUGCAGCUGCAAACCGCUUCAGCUGCAACUGCCGCGCUGCAGCAACUGCAGCAGGCCCCCGUCUAGGCGCAGCCCCAGCCCCAGCAGCAGCAGCAGCAGCACCAGCACCAGCCCCAGCAGCAGCAGCAGCAGCAGCAGCAGCAGCAGCUGCAGCAGCAGCAGCAGCAGCAGCAGCAGCAGCAGCAGCAGCAGCAGCAGCAGCAGCAGGAGUGACCUCGAAGAGCGUGCAGUACUGGGGUUCGGACUGGUCUGCUGCAACAGCAGUGACGAGAGAAGCCCUUUUGAGAGCAGCAGCAAAAGAGCCCCUGGCCUGCAACUCUAUUAGCUGCUGCAGCAGCAGCAAAGGCUUUGUGUCCCACACGUACUGCUGCGGCGGCAGCGCGAACACAAACCGCAGCUCGCGCGCCGCAGACUGCGCGCUCACCACCGUCUGCGCAGCAGCAGCAGCAGCAGCAGCAGCAGCAGCAGCAGCAGCAGCAGCAGGAGCGGCAGCGGCAGCAGCAGCAGGAGCGGCAGCGGUAGCGGCAGCGGGGGCAGCAGCAGGGCAAGCAGCAGCAGCAGAGAAGGCAAACGCACAAACAGGAGGGAGUGAGGGACAUCAGCUGAGACAGACUUGGAGGCCACACAAGCGCUAA